UUCGCAUCUAGUAUUUUAGCGAAAGGGCAAAAUUCCUUCAGCGCCGCUCUCUUUCUUAUCUUCUUAUACCCUUCGCAGAAGGAAGAACCCUAGAAAUCAAAUCUCUCGAAGAUGAAUCGGGAAAAGUUGAUGAAGAUGGCUAACACCGUCCGUACCGGCGGAAAGGGUACAGUAAGAAGAAAGAAGAAGGCCGUGCACAAGACCACUACAACCGACGACAAGAGACUGCAGAGCACUCUGAAAAGAAUCGGUGUGAAUGCCAUUCCAGCGAUUGAAGAAGUUAACAUCUUUAAGGAUGAUGUAGUUAUUCAAUUUGUGAACCCUAAAGUUCAAGCUUCAAUUGCUGCAAACACAUGGGUUGUCAGUGGCUCUCCUCAGACCAAAAAAUUGCAAGACAUCCUUCCUCAGAUUAUCAGCCAUCUCGGACCGGAUAACUUGGACAACCUGAAAAAGCUAGCAGAGCAGUUCCAGAAACAGGCUCCUGGUGCGGGAGCGGCCACUGGAGCUGGCCAAGAGGAAGAUGACGAUGAUGUCCCAGAGCUUGUAGCGGGAGAGACAUUUGAGGCGGCUGCCGAAGAGGGCGAGCCUAAGGCUGCUGCGCCGGCCGCUCCUGCUGCUGCUGCCGAAGAGACUCAGCCCAAAACCGAAGCUUCUUGAAGAAUGCUCCUGGAAACUAUCGGAUUGACAUAAUCUAUAAUGUUUUGUUGCUCGACCCCCUUUUUCGAGCUUUGCCAGAUUCUUGUUUUUUUCUCUGAAGCAUGCAACAGAAGACUGUUUAU